GCAAUGGCAUCCAAAUCUAAUCUUUCUCUCUUCAGUAUCACUCUCCUCCUUGCCCUUCUUACUCUCGUCUCUUAUGCAACUGCUUCUCAUCCCCACAACAAGAGCUCUUCCCCAUUUGAGUUCCUUGAGCAUCUCAAGGGUUGCCACAAAGGUGAUAAGGUCAAGGGCAUCAAUGACCUCAAGAAAUACCUUGAAAAGUACGGUUACUUGAAAUACAAGAAUCACAGUCAUUCGGACGAUGAUGAUUUUGACGACCUUUUGGAGGAAGCCAUCAAGACUUACCAGAUCAAUUACCACCUCAAGUCCACCGGAACAUUGGAUGGCAAAACAGUGUCGAAGAUGAUGACGCCUCGUUGUGGCGUGCCGGAUAUCAUCAAUGGCACCUCGUCCAUGCGAUCAGCCAAGAAAAGGCACCACCAUGGUUCAAUUCAUACCACUGCUCACUACUCAUUUUUCGAGGGAAAUCCAAAAUGGCCUUCCUCUAAAUACCAUCUCACUUACGGUUUCCUCCCCAACACCCCAUCCGAAGCCACGGGCUCUGUCGCACGGGCUUUCGCAACAUGGGCUGGGAACACUCACUUCACGUUCAGCCAGUCACAAAGUUACGAGAGUGCGGAUUUGAAGAUUAGUUUUCAUAAGGGUGAUCAUGGAGACGGGAAUCCAUUUGAUGGCCCCGGCGGGAUCCUAGUGUAAGA